AUCCGCGCAAAAAAAAUGUUUUCAAAGACCAACUACCCAGCCCCUCCUGGUAUUUUCCCACUUCUCUUGAAAAACGUUAGGAUCCCUUGCACACACGGGUGCUCGGCCAGCCCUUCACGUCUAGUGUUCAACAUGGGAACUCAGCUUCAACCAAGAGUAGUAGGCAUUCCCAGAAGUCAAGGUCUGUUGGAUGUAGAAGUAUAUUCUACAAAUAGAGCACGAUUGAGGACUUCCAACAGGAACAGAUUUAUGUGCACCUUAAAUCAGUCAGCAGGGGUCUCGGCUCAAGCAGAGCAAACAGAAAGUAGGACUUUAGUCAAAAUGUGUGGAAUUACAUCAGCUAGAGAUGCUGCUCUUGCAGCAGAAGCUGGAGCCAAUUUUAUUGGUAUAAUCAUAUGGCCUAACUCAAAACGUUCCGUUUCACUUUCUACUGCAAAGGAAAUCUCAAAGGUUGUGCGAGAAUAUGGAGCUCAGCCAGUUGGGGUGUUUGUAGAUGGUAAUGCUGACACAAUACUAAGGGCCUCUGAUGCAGCAGAUCUUGAAUUGGUGCAGCUUCAUGGAAAUGGUUCUCGAGAUGCUUUUCCAGUUUUAGUCAGGGAGAAACGUUUAGUAUACGUACUUCAUGCAAAUGAAGAGGGAUGCCUUUUGAACUCUAUUUCUGAUGAGGAGUCUUCUCUGGUUGAUUGGAUUCUAGUGGAUAGUGCCAAAGGUGGCAGCGGCAAAGGGUUCAACUGGGCUCAGUUUAAGCUACCAUCAAUUAGAAGCAAACAUGGGUGGCUCUUGGCUGGGGGAAUUAACCCGGAGAAUGUUUGUGAAGCUCUUUCUGCUCUUAAACCCAAUGGAGUGGAUGUCAGUAGUGGCAUAUGUGGACAGGACGGCAUCCAAAAGGAUGAGUCACGGAUACUAUCAUUUAUGAAUGCAGUGACAUCUUUACGCCUUUAGUCAAUAUUGAAUAGUUACAAAUUCCCUAGUGCAGAUUGUUAAAUCAACUGCAAUGUUGGUGCUGAUCCUCUUGUAAUUUCUCUGCUAGUGAGUGUUGGCAAAGACUAAUAUCUCAUGAUACAUCUAGUUUGUAUUUUUAGAAAAACAUCCAUUUCUUUGUAAGAGUGAAACUUCCCUCAUGUAGUUCAACUGAUUGGCUAUAGACAGUGACUUGUUGGAUAGAGAACGGAUUGACUACCUUGACGACAACCAAUAAACUGCGUAAUGUUAGUUUUGAAAA